UGUCUAUUUUAUCUUAUAUGUUUAACAGUUAGACUUUAAUUCAAAGUUUUUUGCUGCUUUGGAACUUGAUUUCCCGUGCUUAAAAAGUGCACAUUUUGUCAUUUUUCUUAUCUUAUCAGACUCUCUUUUAAUCCUUUGCAAUGUUUCCAGAGACAAAAAAUGGCUACACCUAUGAGGACUGCAAGGCCACUGCUGAUUGGCUGCUUGCCCAGACAGACGUCCGACCCAAAGUGGGCAUCGUGUGCGGCUCGGGGCUCGGAGGGCUGGCUGACUUGUUAAAGGACCAGGUAGCCUUCAACUACAAGGACAUCCCCAACUUUCCACAGAGCACUGUGCACGGACAUGCAGGACGGCUGGUGUUCGGCACAUUAAAGGGGAGGCCGUGUGUUUGCAUGCAGGGGCGCUUCCACUUAUACGAGGGCUACUCAAUCCAGAAGAUCACGCUGCCCAUACGCAUCUUCAAGCUGCUCGGUGUGGAGACGGUGAUGCUGACCAAUGCAGCCGGAGGCCUCAAUCAGGACUUUAAAGUGGGAGACAUCAUGAUCAUCAAAGACCACCUCAACAUGCCAGGGUUCGCUGGCAACAAUCCGCUGUCUGGUCCCAACGAUGAGAGGUUUGGUGUGCGUUUCCCCUGCAUGUCUGACGCCUACGACAGAGAGCUGCAGCAGAUGGCCAUGGAUGUGGGACAGGAGCUUGGCUACGGAGACUUCCUGAAGGAGGGCGUCUACUGCGUGCUGGGCGGACCCUCGUUCGAAACCAUUGCCGAGUCCCGUAUGCUGCACAAACUGGGCGCUGAUGCUGUUGGCAUGAGCACGGCCCCCGAGGUGAUCGUGGCGCGUCACUGCGGCAUGCGGGUCUUCGCCCUGUCCUUGAUCACCAACCAGGCGGUGAUGGACUACGACAGCGCAGAGAAGGCCAAUCACGAGGAUGUCCUUCAGAUAGGCAAGCAGCGAGCGGAGCAGCUGGAGCGGCUGGUUUCCACCAUGGUGACCAAGAUCGAGCACAACAACCACUAGGCCUA